AUGAGUUCCGAUCCUCCUCCUCAUGGCUUCGAGGAGAAGGAGUUGAAAGAAUUCAAUCUCAAACAACCACCUCCAACACGAAACCCAUCCCAAUUUAGCGCCUCGCAGCAACAAGGGCCAGUACGGACAGAUUCACCAAACCCAGCACCCGAACAAAAGCAAUCUGCUCCGUCACUCGAUACAUUCCCUACUCUUCAAGCACCGCAUGAAACAAACGACUCAACCUCAAUCAGAUCACCAAUUGGACAGCGCGCCGAUGCCAGCCGACUUGACGAUAAUAUCGAACUUCUGCGAAUCGAGCGUGCUGUUUCUGCUGAUGAUGCGAGUCAGAUGAGGAAGCGUGCUCAUAAUAUUGAGCCCGAGGAUGCUUUCAAUGCACCCAUUCCCGCCGAGACCUAUCAUAAUGAGAAGAAGGUGGAUCCCGAUGCUUCUUUAUUAAAACUCUGGAUGUUUCUGAGAAAGUUUCCUCGAUUCAUUCGAUAUGUUGUGUAUUUGAUCCCAGGUGCUGCUAUCCUUCUCAUUCCUGUCUUGCUCGGUGCGUUCGCACUCAAGUCCGAUGGCAAGCGACGAGAUGUCAACGGUGUCGAUCUCAUGUGGUUCGGUAUUUGGCUCGAGAUCGUCUGGGGAGUUCUCUGGGUCUCUCGUAUGAUCACAAGUCUCCUGCCCCCAACUUUCAAACUUGUUGCAAAGCUCUUUGGAUCUACCAACGCCAAGAAGUGGAAAGAUAUUGGAUAUCAGCUUGACCUUCACACAGCUGUCUUCCUUUGGUUCCUUGCAAUUCUCAUCUCAUUUGAACCGACCAUGCUGAACCACAACUUCCGGGAUCGCAAGCCAAACUGGGUCAAUAUCAUGAACAAGGUCAUUAUUGCCCUGUUCACUCUGGCGACACUCAACUUUGUCGAGAAGAUCCUUAUUCAAUGGAUUGCUUUCACCUUCCAUCAGCGAACCUACGCGACUCGAAUCGACAACAACAAGGCAGAUAUUGGUCAGCUUGUCCAUCUCUAUGAGCACGCCAAAGCCCACAAUGAAAAGACCGACUACUUCUUCCAGCGUGGUAGCAACUCUGCCAGUGGUGCGCAAACUCCCCUACAGACACUCCAGGACAACGCCCGAAACGCAUGGAACAAAGUCGGUUAUGUUGCUGGCCGAGUUGGAAAUGAUUUGAUCGGCCGCAAGGUUGACAGCAACCACCCUCGCAGAGUUGUUAAUGAACUACUCAAGACCAUGUCUACAGCUCACACCCUGGCCCGCCUGAUCUAUCGCUGUGCUGUCAAGGAGGGCGAAGACCUUGUCUAUCUCGAAGAUAUGGAGAAGAUCUUCGAGACUGAAGAAGAGGCUGAAGCUGCUUUUAUGAUGUUCGACAAGGACAUGAACGGCGACAUCUCACUCGACGAAUUCGAAGCUGUGUGUAAUGAGAUCCACCUUGAAAAGAAGGCCAUUGCCGCAUCGCUCAAGGACCUUGAUUCGGUGAUUAAGAAGCUCGACAAGGUCUUUGUGUUCAUCAUCAUCGUCAUCACCAUCAUCGUCUUUAUCUCGAUUCUCUCCGGUUCAGCUGCCGCCGCCCUCGGUUCUGCAGGUACUGUGGUACUCGGUCUAGCGUGGGUUCUUCAGGCCACAGCCCAGGAGUUCCUCCAGUCCAUCAUCUUCGUCUUUGUCAAGCACCCCUUUGAUGUUGGUGAUCGUGUGACUGUUUACGGAUCUACCGGUGACACCAUGAUGGGUGAUGAUUACUACGUGACAGAGAUUUCUCUCCUCUACACCGAGUUCAAGAAGAUGCAGGGUCACAUCGUCCAGGCUCCCAACUCACUUCUCAACAACCUCUUCAUUCUGAAUCAGCGACGAUCAAACGGUUUGGCCGAUGUUCUUCCUCUGGUGAUGCGCUUCGGUACCCCUCAGCACAUGAUUGAUGAACUCAAGGCCCGUAUGACCGACUUUUGUCUGGCGAACAAGCGUGACUAUGCGCCUCGCAUCAUUACUGAGAUGACCAAGGUUGACGAAGUGCGAUCGUGCAGUAUGAACAUGAUCUUCUUCCACAAGACCAACUUCCAGAACGAGCUGCUCCGUCUCAACCGUCAUAACAAGUUUGUCACUGAGUUGAUGACUCAGAUGGUCAACGUUGGUAUCCAGUCACCGUUCCGCAUCGAGCCUGGUGGCAGUCGCGAGCAUCCCAUGUUCUGGUCUGGUCUUCAGCCUCCUCCCGCGUAUGGAAAGGAGCCCGAUCAUGGUGGCGUUGAGCUUCACGACAAGCCCGCCCCUGAACGACCUCUCCAUUCUGAAGGGCCACCUCUGAGCCAUGUUUCCUCAACCUACAGCCGCCGAGGCGUGGAUCGCAUGGGUUCCAUUGACAACAAUGUGAACGAUUUCCAAGAUGUUUUCGAAAACAGACGAGACAACAUCCACGCACAGCGACUUGCUUCCAUCCGAGAAAAGGAACGGGGCUCCCGAAUGGAAGAUGAGAAGGAACGUCGAUCGCUUGCCAGUUCUUCGGGAGUGGAUCGCCGUACUUCAACGGAUAGUCGAUCCCGGGUGUUUGGUCGCGUCAGGACUGGGUCUAAGAGCCGACGUCCGGGCGAUAUUGUCUGA